UAGAGAAUGAGUAAACGGCGCAUGCGCACUACGUUCUGCCUCUUUGGACCUCCGUCUCCACUGAAACGAUGGCCAAGCGCACCAAGAAGGUGGGGAUUGUUGGUAAAUAUGGCACGCGUUAUGGCGCGUCGCUGAGGAAGAUGGUGAAGAAGAUCGAAAUCUCUCAGCAUGCUAAAUACACUUGCUCUUUCUGUGGCAAGACCAAGAUGAAGAGGAGGGCAGUUGGUAUCUGGCACUGUGGGUCCUGCAGAAAGACUGUGGCUGGUGGCGCUUGGACGUACAACACAACGUCUGCUGUCACAGUCAAGUCAGCAAUCAGGAGACUGAAGGAACUGAAGGACCUGUAAACCAGUGCACAGCUGGUGGAUUUGGGACUUUUGUUUUCUAUUUCAGCCCAACUGGACAUCAAUAAAUAAAAAGUCUGGAUUGGA